AUUUAGAUAGUAGUGGCAAGGAUACGGCAAGGCGAACCCUGUUGCAAAAGACUUGUGAACAGCUUUCAAAAUCUUCUGCAUUACAACUUGGCCGUCAGGACCUGAAGCUUUUGUUCGCAUUUGACGAAGCCCGAUAUCUAUUACGCAAUUCUGAAUCGUCAGUUGACUUGUUCUACUCAUUUCGGUUGGCUCUUCGGUUGCUACCAGACAUGACUAAGGAUGAGCAAGUCGAGCAAAGUGAGACUUCCUCGAGUAAAGGAACAGCAUCGAAAAGGAUAAAAACAUCUGAAAAAGCAGAAGACAAACAACUGAAGAAUUUUAAUCCCAGUUUCUAUCAAGAUCCGUCACACCGCGUUUGGCAGUGA